ACAGUGUAACUUUUACCACUGCACUGAUAGCACCAAGAAGUUAAAAAGAGUGACAUUUUGGUUUUUGAAGUAAAAUCUAAAAAGGAUGGGCUGGACAAUUGUGCACCUGCUGAUCCUGAUGACACUCAGCUGUCUGUCUUGCGCUGAAGAUAAGAUAAAGGUUCCCGUUUCCUGUCCAGACUUCCAGAAGGCCUUUGGAGGCUCCUGCUACGAGUUUGUGAAUCUCCAGCAUACUUUUUUCCGUGCGCAGGCUUGGUGUGAGCAGCGUGGUGGACACCUUGCAUUUAUCCCAGAUGAAGAAACUCAGUUUUUCCUUAAAAGAUUCUUGGAUCCCAAGAAGGAUGUGUGGCUUGGAGUUGCACCCUCUGCCUCUCCAAACCUGCAAUAUUCUCCAAUUGAUGAAGACUCUGGGAGAUCCAUUGUGUGUGCAGGUCGUAACACCACUCUGCAGUGUGGUUCUCAUCAAGUCCUAAUGAUAGAUAUCGGCUUCUACGGUCGUGAGAACAUCCAUUACUGUCGAUCCACGCUCUCCCCACCAUCAACAUCCACAGAACAUCAGUGCGGCUGGGUGGAUGUUGUUGCAUCAUUAACAGCUCACUGCCACGGCCGUCAGGUCUGCCAGAUUGCUGAAGUUGUGGACUCUGUUGGUGACCCGUGUCCUCAGCUGGGGAGCUACCUUUCUGUGGACUACCACUGCAAAGAUGGUACAAAUGUGACCUACCGUAUCCAGAGUGAUGAAACGUUGUUGUCAAACAUAUCUGUGUUCAGAGGAAAUGUUCCCCAGAAUAUCACAGUGGCUCCAGAAAUGAUGAAGCAGCUAGGGCCUGGCUGCCACCAGCUGACCCUUUAUGCAGCUAACACAGUCACGUUCCCUGAAAUGUCCGCAGGCCUGCAGAUGUGUGUGUUGGAGAAAGUAGCCGGGCUUCAGGCCUCUGUGUUGACAGAGAGAGAUGAUUGUCUAGACUCUCCAGAUAUUACACUUGGUGUUUCCCUUGAACGGGGAGCACCUGUGCUGCUUCUCUUUUCUCUGACUGGAGACAACAGCUCAUACUCUGAGACCAGAGGAAUGAAUACAAGCAAGGACAUUUUUCAUAUCGGACACCAAGUUCAAGCGGAUGUCACACCUUAUUACAAAACAUACACCAUAAAUACAUCACCGUCUACAGAGACAUCAGCUCCUGAGACCGAAAACCCAGUUACCAUCGGUACGACAGCAAAAGACAAAACAGCAUUCACCGCUGGUCCUGCAUCUACAUCACCCGGCACUGCUAGUUACACCACUAUCACCCCUACCACCGCUGGUUCUGCCUCUACAUCCCCCGGCACUGCUAGUUACACCCCUAUCACCUCUACCAACGCUGGUCCUGCAUCUACAUCACCUGACACUGCUAGUUACACCCCUAUCACCCCUACCACCGCUGGUACUGUCUCUACAUCACCUGGCACUGUGCAGGAUUUCACAACUGCCUCAGGCUCUUUAGAUGAUCUUAAGGCUACAGUGGAGAAUUCUGUGUCUCAGCUAAAGAAACAAGGUCUACUGUCAGCUGAAACUGUGGGACAAUUGUUCACGUCUGUGUCCAACAAACUGAACGGUCAAUCAGAUGGAUCGAAAAAAUCUGAUAGGCAAAAGCUUCGUGAAAAGAUGCUGAACAUAAUGAUUGACACAGUAAAUGAAACUCCCACCAACACUCCAGGAGAAGUUCAGGUGAUAGCCAGAGGACUUGCUGCUGUCGUCAUAAAAGGCACUGAACUCAGCUCCUCUGCUCAGGAAGAGGCUUCAUUAUUGUUUGCAAAGCUCAGCUCAUCUCUUCUCCUCAUGGAUGUAAACGGAAGUGAAGAAAACAAAAAUGAAACACAUGCUGCAGCCAGCACCAUUGUGGAAGGAGCAAGCAAUAUCCUGGACUAUUCUUCAAAUAAAAAUAUCUCUGAUGCCCUUCUUCUUGCUAUGAGCAAUACACAGAGUGCACUGUUAGCAUUACAACAGGUUAAUGGGGGGCCAACUAUCAUCCAAGAGGCUCAUAUUGCAGUGUUUGUUAAUAGAGUGACACCGGGAAGUUUGCACACAGAGUCUAUAAAUAUUCCCAACAGUUCCAGCCCCACAUUUUCUCUCCCAAUACUACUCUCUAAAAUGUUACCUUCAGAUGAACCCGUGGAUGUAAGAAUGCUGAGUCUAAACAAAAAUCCAUUCUCCUGGAAUGAGAGAGGGAACAUCAGUGGUCAAAUAGGUGCUCUAUCCCUUACAACAAAAGAUGGCUCCAGUAUCCCUGUGGAGAACUUGAGUGAGGAUAUUAAGAUUCUGUUGCCGAGGCCUGUUGGAGAGCAGGUAAACACCUCUGUGUUGGACCUGGGGAACUUCAGCACAACGUCCAUAGACAUUCCUGCUGACACUACGCUGGUGUUAAAGAUGGUGCCUUCAAAUGAUCCUCUACCCUUCAAACUGCUCCUUGGUUAUAUGGACUACCCCACUGAAACAAAUAAUGUAGCUAUGACAGAAAUGCCUCACCAGGGAACAACACAAGAGGAGAGAUACACUUGGCUACUAGACCCUAAAGAUUUAAAGGGAAAGACUGGAAUGCACUAUCUUGUAGUGAGGCCCAUUGUAGGUCCAGGUAUAAAAUCCAUCAAUGCCACUUUAUCAAUUACCUCCAUCACUACCGCAUGCAAAUUUUGGGAUGAAUCAAAAUUGGAGUGGAGCACUUAUGGAUGCAGGGUUGGUGUUCAGACCACACAUUUAGUCACCCAGUGCCUCUGCAACCACCUCACCUCCUUUGGAAGCUCUUUCUUCGUCACUCCCAACCUGGUCGACCCAUCACGCACCGCCGAGCUUUUUGGGACUUUUGCUGAGAAUCCUGUUGUUGUCUGCUUUGUGGGGUCACUCUUUCUGGCCUAUCUCUUGGUGCUUGUGUGGGCACGACGGAAAGACAUCCAAGACACAGCCAAGGUGAAGGUGACUGUGUUGGAGGACAACGACCCCAUGGACGAGUACCGCUACCUGUUGAGUGUCAACACUGGGCAUCGGAGAGGAGCCUCCACUUCCUCUCAGGUGACAAUCACUCUGCUGGGUGCAGAGGGAAACAGUGAACCACAUCACCUGACAGAUCCAAAGAAAUGUGUGUUUGAGAGAGGUGCGGUGGAUCUGUUCCUGCUAACUACACCCUUCUCCCUGGGAGAGCUGCAGGGCAUCAGACUGUGGCACAACAACUCAGGGAGCCAUCCUGCCUGGUAUGUAGGCAAUGUAAUGGUGCAGGAUUUACAGACUGAGCAGAAAUGGCAUUUUCUAUGCAACUCCUGGCUGGCCAUAGACAUGGGUGAUUGUUCCCUCGAUAAAAUUCUUCCUGUUUCGACAGAGAUGGAUUUGAAGAGGUUCAGCAACUUGUUCUUUAUGAAGACUACAAAGGAUUUCAGUGACGGACACCUCUGGUACUCUGUGAUCAGCCGCCCACCGAGCAGCACUUUCACUUGUGUUCAGAGAGUUUCCUGCUGUUUCACCCUGCUGCUCUGUACCAUGCUGACCAGCAUCAUGUUUUAUGGCAUCCCAAAAGAUCCCUCUGAGCAGACCAUGGACCUGGGUCACUUUGAGUUUACCUGGCAACAGUUCAAGAUUGGAGUUCAGAGUUCCCUCAUUAUGUUUCCCAUCAAUAUGCUUAUUGUUAGCAUCUUCAGAAACACACGUCCUCGGGAGACAUCUUGCUGCAAGCGCAAAACAGAAAAACCAGAUGCACUUGAACAGACCUUUUUCUCACAGACAGCUACCACCGACAUGAAUGUCAAUGUCACUUUAGACACUGUCAUCAAGGAUAUCACAAGAAUUGCCCAUUCACUGUCUAAGACCGUGAAAAGCAACAUACCAUGCACAGAGUCCGAGUUUGGGCCUGGACACCCAGUUGAUAUCAACGCUGUCCUUUCUGUGGUGGAGGACUUUAUCAAACAGAAUUACAAAGCUAGCGACACCGCCCAGCCCAGAACUCCGAGCUCUGGCAACCUCGUUCAGCCUCAGCUACCAGAAGGCAGUGCUAAUAUGCAUCCUGUGUCAACAGAGGAGGGGAUUCAAAAGCAAAGCAACAAAGCCAAGUAUCUCUACCGGCAGCUGUGUCACAUUGACAAAGAGCUGAUCAUGCUGGGAUCCUCCGGCUUCCCCGCCCCACACAGCUACAGCCAGGCUAUGCAGCAGGUCCAGGACAUGAAGGGACAUCUCCAAGAUCAGCUCUUCACAUUCAGCUGUGUUAACCCGGAUGAACUCACCCAGAAGAAGUACAGAAGUCACUCAUUAAAAAGACCACAAUGGUGGAUUUUCAUGUUGAGCCCUGCAGACAGCACUGAGGGUGAUGGUAGUCUGAAGAAAAGGGGGUGCUGUCAUGGAGGGCUACCCUGGUGGUUUGUUUUUGUCGGCUGGCUGCUUGUGAUCUUGAGCAGUUUUGUAGCAGGAUAUUUCACGAUGCUUUAUGGGUUGAAAUUUGGGAAGGAACGCUCUGUGAGCUGGUUGGUGUCCAUGAUUGUCUCCUUUUUUCAGAGUAUCCUCGUCAUUCAGCCAUUGAAGGUGCUAUUUCUUGCGGUCUUCUUUGCACUUGUAACAAAGAAAAUUGAUGAGGAAGAUUUUCAAAAUGUGGCGUUUGAAGGAAAUGACAGAAAUCUAGGUGAUUGUAAGGACCAAAAACUAGUCAGAUGGGAGAGAAGUCUCUAUGAACCGCCUCCUCCUGCAGACGUUGAGAAGAUGAGAAGGAACAUGAUUAUGGAACAGAAGGCCUUUGCCCUCCUCAAGGAGAUUUUGACUUACAUGGGGUUUAUGUGGAUGUUGCUGCUGGUGGCAUACGGCCAAAGAGAUCCCAAUGCCUUUUUCCUGAAGCAGCACAUCCGGGAUAGCUUCAGUGGAGGCAUCUCAGACAGCAUGAGACCUGGGGAUGUGUUCACUUGGGCCCACACAUCGCUACUAAGUAACCUUUUUGGAGUUUAUCCAGGAUUUAUCACAGAUGGAAACUCCAAGCUAGUGGGUAAUGCUCGUCUUCGUCAAGUGAGAGUGCAGAAGAACUCCUGUCAGAUUGCAGGCCCCAUGCUCCAGUUUGUACCAGACUGUCAGGCUCCAUACUCGUGGGAGGUGGAGGACAUGGGCUCCUAUGGCCCUGGCUGGAGCCAAUCUGCCAAGGAUAAUAUCUCUACGAGCACCUCCAGCCCGUGGACGUACCAGACACAGGCUCAGCUCCGAACUCCGAACGUCUGGAGCAAACUGGUGCUCUACAGGGGCGGUGGCUUUGUAACGGAGCUCGGCCCGGAUUCACAAAAUGCCAGCAGCACUCUUGAGUAUCUGUUCAGGAACACAUGGCUGGAUAUUUACACAAGGGCAAUCUUUGUCGAGUUCACCGUUUAUAAUGCUAAUGUGAACCUCUUCUGCAUCGUCACACUCUUCCUGGAGACCACAGCUGUAGGAGCGUUUCAGUUCACCAGUGAGCUGCACAGUGUUCGUCUUUACCAAUCACCUGGUGGUCUUUACUUCCUCGUUAUGGUGGCUGAGAUUGUGUACCUGCUUUUCAUCGUCUACUACAUGUUCCUGCAGGGCAAAUUAAUGAAGCAGCAGCGGUGGGCUUACUUCAGGAGUAGAUGGAACCUUCUUGAGCUGACUAUUAUCUUACUGAGCUGGAGCGCCGUGGCUGUCUUCAUCAAGAGGACCCUGCUUGGGAACCGUGAUAUGACCUACUACCAAAACCACAAAGACAAAUUUGCCAGUUUUUACGACACAGCCAAAGCAGACUCAACGCUCCAGUAUCUGAUCGCCUUUGUGGUCCUGCUCGCCACCUUCAAACUGUGGCACCUGCUCCGACUGAACCCCAAGAUGAACAUGAUCACGGCUGCACUGCAGCGGGCCUGGAGCGAUAUAACCUGUUACCUUGUGCUCAUUGUGAUCAUGCUCCUGGCAUAUUCCAUUACGUGCAACGUGACGUAUGGCUGGCAGCUGUCCUCUUACAGAACUUGGUUGGACGCUCUCGUGACCAUCGUCAGUUUGCAGAUAGGCAUCUUUAACUAUGACGAGGUCAUUGACUGCAGCCCCGUGCUCAGUGGACUAAUCUUUGGUUCCUGUAUUGUGUUCAUGACGUUCGUGGUGCUCAAUCUCUUCGUCUCAGUGAUCAUCAUAGCAUUCAAGCAGGAGCGAAUAUAUCACAAGCCCUCUGACGAGGAGGAGAUUGUCGACCUGAUGCUGAAGAAAAUCUGCGGUCUUUUUGGGAUCAGAUAUAACGAUCCAAAAGACACCCUGGGGCCUGAUGUGAACAGGGGCAGAGACGUGGGCCUUAAUAACAGCAGAAAUAACCUUAACAAUUCCACAAUUGAUGCAAACGUGUUUCAGAAAUCUGGAAACCUAGUAAACACCUAGCAACAUUUUGUUGUAUUUCAUAUGUAAGUGUUUUGAAUAUCUUGUAUGCCGUAAGAUCCACAUGCUCAUUUGAUCAUUUGUUAUUGUUUGCCUGUUCUCUACUGGGCGGUUAUAUGAUGCUGUUCUGCUCUGUGAUUAGGGUGUGAUAGAUUAUUACCACAUACAGAUCAUACUGAACAUUGUUUGUGUAUAUUCAGACAAAGUUUACUUUAUUCACAGCAAUGAUUUGCUCCCAUUGACCUAACUCCAGAUGAAUUACUAUAAGAGGAAGUUCAAUAUAUAUUCAUCAAAUCACUUAAAUAAUAAUGAGUCAUCAAGAGGUGAGACAACUGGUGUGACACAGUGAAGUGGGAUAGGGAUUACAUUUCCUCAAUAUUAGAUAACAACUGAGAUCAUCUUACAUACACAAAAGGCAUAUACAUGUAAUAAAGCUACAAGAGAAGAAAAACAAAGCUCUAAAAGAUACUGUCGACAGACAUUGUUUAAAUUCUCAUAAAACCCUUAGAAGAACAGUCAAUGUUUAGAACUUUUCAGUACACAAUAAUCGGUAACACUUUACUUGA